AUGGCUGUGUCUUCUUGGCUUUUCGAAAAAAGGCCUCUAAAAAGAGCCAAGUUGGGACCGCCGGACGUCUAUCCCCAAGAUCCUAAACAAAAAGAGGAUGAACUAACUGCCCUAAAUGUGAAACACGGAUUUAAUAGUUCACCACAGAUUCCUGAUGAAUAUGGCUCUGCUAGAAAUUCUAAUAUCACUGCUACUAAGUUUGGUUCAUUCUUCAGUGCUGUACUAGGUUUAAAACAAGAGCUCAAUCGAUUUCAAGAUAGUGGCCGAAAAAAGCAACAGAUCAAUCCUAAAGAUAAUUUUUGGCCUGUAACAGCUAGAUCAAAAAAUGCAAUUGAAACCUGGUUCAAAGAUUUGGCUGGAUCUAAACCACUUACACUUCUUGCAAAAAAGGUUCCAAUAUUUAACAAGAAAGAAGAGAUAUUUAUGACGUUAUAUGAAUAUUCAGUUCCAAUGUUAAGGGCCGCGUGGUUUAUAAAAAUGUCAUCUGCUUACAUUGCCGCAAUAUCUGAAGCAAAAAUUAAAAAAAGACAACUUCCAGAUCCAUCUCAAGAAUGGACUCAAGCAUUGUGCAAAUUUUUACGAGAGCAGUUAAUGAAACUUGCAGAGCAUCAUCACAGCUCUAUGUCAUUAGGAAGUAGCAGUAGUGGCAGCAUUUCUUCGUCAUCCUCAAACAGUGUUACAACAAAUAGCUCCCUUGGUACUAGCAAUACCUCAAAUUCCAGUUCAAAUUUAGGAAACAAUUCUUUGAAUGGUGUCACUGUAGAUGUCGCUUAUAAACAGUGGCAGUACUGCACACAACUAGCAAGGCAUUUAUAUGAGGAAGGAUUAUUAGAUCGGCAAGAUUUUCUUACCUGGAUUCUUGACUUAUUAGAAAAGGCAAAAACUCCUGAUGACCCAAUGAUUAAAAUAAUUCUGCCUUUAGUUUUGCAGUAUGUGGAUGAAUUCGUUAAUUCACAGCUUUUAUCUCGACGCCUUGCUCAUCACUGUUCAAGAAAAUUAAACUACUUAUUAUGUGAACAAAACGCAGAUACUUCUCGAAGCCAAAGUCCUGUUUUAAAUAACUCUUCCAACUUACCUGCAGCAGCUCCCCCUUCCCAACCAUCUUUUAAUCCAAUCACUGCUAGUAUAGUUGAUUAUCUCAACUGCCCUCAUCAUCGUAGUGUCUUGUUCUGGCUUUCUGGUAUACUGCAGGUUAUUACCCUGGAGUGUCCAAGUGCUCUUGUCUGGAACAAUAUAGGUGAAGGGAAAAAUGUCUCUGUCCUUAAUGGUUCUCCUCUUGAUAUGUUACCUUGCGCUCCUUCUAGUCUUCCGAUGCCACAGCGACCAUUUAAUGCUCAGAUCCGUGCUGAGCUGAGGCAGGCCGAAGAACAAAUACGACAAAGAGGCCGUGCAGCAGAAGUGAGGUGGUCAUGUGAUAAAUGGCAACAAACUGCUCUAGGUUCUACUAUUCAACAAGUUUUAAAUGCAUUAGAUGCAUUAGAUCGACAUAAUUUUGACAAAGUUGAUAACAUCAACUCUCUUGACGUUUUAUAUUCUAAAGUUUUCCCAACACCUGCCAAUAAAGAAAAGUGUGCUAGCUAUGGUAGCCUCAGUGAAAUGCUUAUUCAAGAUGAAGCUAUUGUUCGUCUUCUUUGUGAGUGGGCUGUUACCACAAAGCGUUGUGGGGAGCAUAGAGCUUUAGUUGUUGCUAAGCUUUUAGAAAAAAGACAAGCAGAUCUGACAACUGAGAAAUUUGGUGAAGCAGAUACUGCAGAUGAAAAAGAUUCACAAGAUUCUACUAGUGUUUUACCUUUUGGCUUGCCAUUGUUUCAAAAUUUAUUAGUUAAUUUUUUAGAUACUCAGGCUCCUGUUAUUGAUGACAAACCUUCGAUAGAAAGCAAAAAUGCUUUUGCUAAUUUAGUGCUUCUCUUUGCCGAGCUAACCCGUUAUGAUGUCUUCUCACAUGAUGCUUAUAUGUGUACAUUGAUAUCAAGAGGCAGUUUUACAAGUGCUGCUGGUACUCAGAUGGGCUCUGCUGCUGGCAUACCCCAAUCAAAUAAAUCUUUGUCAACUCCAGAACCGUCUCUUACUGGAUUCAUGCCCGACCCCUCUCGAGGUAUCUCUCCUGGCCCAGGAAGUGCGGGAUGCAUUGGAAUCGGUAGUAUGUCGGGACUGGGGAUACCUUCUAUUGGUGAUACUGGACGUCAAGAAUCUCUGCCCAUGUUUGAGCCACCAGAUAAUAGGCCUGGAUCGGUAAAACAUGAGGCUUCAUGGGAUGCUGAACUGGAUAUGGAUGAGGCCAGAAUCGAUGCUGACCUGGGAAAAUUAUUGCAGCACAUCAAAGAAGGUCAACAAAAUAUGAGUGAUCAACCUGACUCUGUAGGCUCUGAUAAAGAUGAAUCCACUCCUUUAAACGCCUCUACACCAUUGGGUCAUCCUCCUCUGGUUCCCGUGUGCACCCCUGGCUCUGAAAAUGCAGCUUCGGGAAAUACAACUACCACUGUCACUACCCUGAGCAACACGGCUAGACACUUGCUGUACACAACUCACUUUCCCCUGCCCCAUGACGAAGCCGCCUCGCACGAUUGCAACCAGCGCCAUGUCCUCCUCUUUGGUGUCGGCAAGGUAAGAGAUGAAGCCAGGCACGCCAUCAAGAAAAUGACAAAGGAAAUCAUGAAACUGUUUAACAAGAAGACGUGUAUGGAUAUUGCCGACAGUGCCAAAGUGAAGAAAAAUGCAAAAGAUGGAUUCAACUUCGAAGCCACCGUGAGCCGCUUCCAGAGCUUGUCAUAUUUUGACCAACAUGUCGUGACGUCAGUGUGUGCGACUUCAGUGAUCGAGAUGCUGAGUGCCUUUGCCACGGGAAUUUCUAAUUACCUUCCUCUUGUGGAAUACAUUGCCUUCCUUUUUGAACUGAUGGAACUUGCCUUAAAUAUUCAUAGCCUGAUUGAAUUUACGAUUCAGCUACUUAAAGAGCUGGUUGAUGUUGAAGCUCAGCUAAUCCAAAAAGGCUCUGCUUUAGCUGGGAAUUAUGUAUCAUCUGUUGGCUUAAGCAUUGUAGGAGUUUUAUACACGUAUCAUUGUUGCUUGCUUGUUUCUCAAGAACAAACAGUUGCAGUGUUUGAUGGAUUAUGUAGGAUAGUUAAACAUAUCAGUGUACCCACAGACUGCUCAUCUGCAGAGAGAUGUAUUCUGUCAUAUCUGUAUGAUCUUAAUACUUGUUGUAUUUAUGUUAAACCAAGACAUUCAGAGCAGUUUGGAAACAUAUACCCAAAGGUUAAAAAUGUUUUACUUAGUUCUGUCCAGCCUCCGGUGCAUAAUUUAACGUGGAACCCUAAGUUCAUGAAUGAAUAUAUCAAUGACCCAAGGCUGAAAGUUGACCCUCAGCUUAUAAAACAGCUAAAUGAACAAAACCAUUUGAGGUUCAGUUUUGUUUGUAAUGCUAUUCAUGCAAUUUCCAUUACUAGAGAUCCUGACAGAUUAAAUGAAAUAGCUGUUCUGUGUGCUGAAUUGACUGCCAAGUGUUGUUCCCUGAGUGCUGAAUGGAUAGGUGUGUUUAAAGCUUUAUGCUGUUCAGCUAAUCCAACUUUAGGAUUCAAUGACAUUCUCACUCAAAUCAGUAUAAGGGAUCUAUCCGUGCAUGAUAAUCUAGCUGUGCUGUUGUCGAUACUUGUUGCAAGGCGUUGCUUCGUGUUGCAAGAUUUUGUGCUCACAGUUGCUUUACCUGCCCUAAUUGCUGCACUACCAAAUGCUGGUGUCAAUGUUGACGCAGAAGCUGGGGCAAGACUAACUUGUCAUUUGCUUCGCCGUUUGUUCAAGAAGGCCUACUCUCCCCCUGGAUUUUACCAUAUUGGAAAUGCUCCUAGUACUCCUGCCUCUGGUACACAAAGGAGGCAUACGUACUACAUUAAAUACCCAUGUGAUCGACAUUUACUAUCUGCAAUCCACUCUGGAAUGAGAGUGGAAGCCAUCUUAGCAGUUCUCAAGGCGUUCUUGGUUCUAGGUGAUUCAUCAGCUGCAGAAGCUAAAUCUAAAGAAAAAGGUUUAAACAUCUCCGACCUUAUAGGCUCUUUAGAUGAUAAUGAAUUUGAUCUUGGUUUGCCCCCCUCACUUGGACACCCUCAAAACCAAAGUACUAAUGCAAGUACUUCUAACACCAAUAGUGGCACAGAAGCGACUGUAAUAAAUGAAUUCGCUAAACAUGUCUUGAAGCAAAUCUGCUGCCAGGAGUGGGUUCAUGAAAGGUGCUUGCGAAACCCUGAAGUACUUUGUUCAGAAGAAGUUAUUCUAGAUUCUGUUCUUACUUAUCAGCAAUCUCAACAAUUGUUAAGAAUGAUAUGUCGACCACGAGAAGCUGAUAUUCCUCCUAAUAUAUUUGACCCAGCUGACCAAAAAGUUUUGAUUACUAGUAUACUACAAAAUUUAGAUUUAUGGACGUUAAGAGUAUCCUGGCUAGAGUUACAAUUUAUGUACAAGCAAUGUGAAGCUCAAAAUCCUCCUCAAAUUAGUACUUGGCUUGAAAGUGUUGCUAAAGCAACGAUUGAUGUAUUCCAAAUGAUGAGUGAAGAAAAUCAAAUGCCAAUUAAAGGAGAAUCGUUGAAAAAUUGCUCACCUUCCACUUUUGAAAUUGAUAAACCCAGUCGCAUUUGGCUUGUAGCACCACUUAUUGCAAAACUUCCUGCAGCAGUCCAAGGUAAAAUGUUACGAGCCGCAGGGCAAGUUCUCGAAAGUGGUUCGUGGUCUUCCUCUACUUCAAAUUCCUCUUCUUCUUCCUCUAAGAAUAAAGAUAAAGAAAAGCAAGCCCAGAAAAAUUCUUCCUUAUUGAGCCAUCAACCCUUUCUCUCUCUUGUGCUUAUGUGUUUGAAAGGUCAGGAUGAGCAGCGUGAAGGAUUACUGAAUUCACUUCAUUCUCAACUGUCUCAAAGCAUAUAUGUAGCUAAAGAUGAUAAACAUGGACUAGAAGAAAUUAAAGCUAAGCAAGCUAUGCAAGAGGCUUUGCAGUUGAGAUUGAGCUUAGUGGGUGGUAUGUUUGACAUGAUCCAGAGAAGCAUAACCUUUACUACUGAUUGGGCUGUGCUUCUUGUGCAGUUAAUUAGUUAUGGGGUUGUAGAUCCUCAAAUUAAUUAUGAAUUAUUUACCACAGUUUUGGAUAUGUUAGCAGCACUUAUCCACACCACACAAUCAUCUGACACAUCCAACAGUGACAGAGGAGAAGAAAAUCGAAAGCAAUACCUAAAUUUAGUCAAAAAAGUAAAAAAAGAGCUUGCUGAUAAAAAUAGUAAAGCAAUACUCAUGGUUCGACAGUUGCUUCCUCUACCUAAGCUUUUAUGUGAAGUUAUAACUUGUGAAGCUAUGGGUAGCUUAAUUGAUACAAAGGGAAACAAAAUUGCUGGAUUUGAUUCUAUUGACAAAAAACAGGGACUGCAAGUAUCUGAGAAACAAAGAGUAAGUCCAUGGGAUUUAUUGGAAGGGCAUAAAAACCCUGCUCCACUGUCUUGGUCUUGGUUUUGGGCUGUUCGCAUGGAGAGGAAGCCUCUGCGCCAUGAAGAAACGCAGCGUCUUCUUCUGUGGCACACACAUUCUUUGAAGAAACCUAGUAGCUAUUACCUAGAGCCUCCUCCAUUACCCGCUGAAGAACUGGAACCAGUUCCAGAAAAGCAGCCACAAGUACUUAUAGAGGACAUAAAGAGAGGAAGAGAUACUCCUCUUGAACAAUCUCCAAGAGGAAAUGCAAAAAAACCAAAACAGCAACAGCGUCGACGUAGAGCUGCUAAGAUGGUGAAUGGCCAGCAAGCACAUGGUAUUCGUCCAGGAAUGGGUUUCCCUGAUCAAAUGAUGUAUCAACAGGGUCCUCCACAGUCUUGGUACGGUCAGCAACCACCAAUGCAACAACCCCCUUAUUACUCACCCCAACAGCAACUACCUCCUGCAGGUGGACCAAGAUUUGAACGUCCCCUUUCUCAGUCCAAACAAGCUUUGAGUUCUAUGCUUCGAGCUCGGCAUCCGACUACGCAAUUCCUACCAGGCCCUGGUGGAACAAACCAGCACCAACCUACAGGUGUAAAUACUGGAGCGGGACCUGCUGGGACCUUGCAAGGCAGCAUGAGUGGUACACACAUGGGUGGCUCUGGACCUGGUGGUCCUAUGCCGGGACAUCCAGGCAACCAUCCUGGUAAUACUGGUCCUUCGGGAUACACAAUGGAAAUGCUGCAGAACAGACGCAUGUUAAGUAUGCGUAAUCAACAGCUGGCUGGCAGACAAGGGAUUCCGAGUGGACCAGGUGGACCGAUGUAUCCUCAUGGAAUGCAAGGUAAUUCAGCACCGACUGCUCCUCUUCAUCAUUUGCCACCUCAGAGCAUGAAUCAAGGUUUUGGAAAUUAUGGAGGUUCAAAUAUGCAACCAAAUGCUGGAAUGAUGGAAUCGAGAAAUUCUUCCAUGAUCCCAUCUAGUUUCAAUCAGUCUUAUGCAAACCCACAGACUGGUCCAAGCAUUAUGGGACCAAACACCAUUCGCAAUCAACAAGGACAGUAUAUGCCACAACCUAACCGACCUCAAUAUGGCAUGGGACAAGCAAGUAUGCAAGCACCCAAUGUGACGGUCAGUCAAAUGGGGGGUGGAUCCCAUUUACCAGUAUCGGGUUCCCAAAUGGUUCAGAAUACUGGUGGUAGUUACGGCAACCAGUCCAAUCCCCAAACAAUGUCGGGCAUGUCUGGCGGGCCCUCUAAUCAUAUGCACAUGCAACAAUUGUGUCAGCAACAGCAGCUAAUAGCCAUGCAGAAGCAACAGCAUCAGCAACAGCACCAGCAGCAACACCAGCAGCAGCACCAACAACAGAAUGCAGCUCUUGUUGCUCAUUUGAGGCAAAUGAAUACGAAUAACCCAGGCCCUCCUCAUCCUCAACAACAACACCACCCAUAUCAUCAGCCAGGACCAUAUUGAAAUAAAUCUUUAAAAUGAAUUUUAAUAUAAUAUUGAGUACUCUUCCCAUAAGCUAUUUAAAUCUGAAGUGUGUCAAAAUGAUCAAAAUUUUAUACUUUAAAUUAUAUUUUAUAGAGAGUAUAUGAAGGCACAAAAGGUCUAA